AUGAAGGAGCUCACGGACUAUGCCAAAGCCUACACCGAAAUUGAUGACAAGAUGCUAAUUGGGGAAGGCACAUUUGGGAAUGUUUAUCUGGUCCGGACACUUGCGGGGGACCAGCAAAGGGCCUUAAAGGUGAUUGACAUGCAGCGAGCUCCUGAGCGGUACAAGCCUUCAAGCUACUCUGAUCUGGAGAACCUUACUUCUAUGGUGCACCAGAACCUUGUGCGCUACCAUGAUGUCUUCUAUGAUUCGCAAGAAAACAAGGCCUACCUUGUGAUGGACUAUCACGAGCGAUGCUGCCUUGCCGACAUUAUAGUCUUUUACCACAGUCAUAAGAAGUAUAUCCCCGAGUCAGUUGUGUGGCGCGUCUUGGCGCAUAUGAUGGCAGCACUUUGUUAUUAUCACACGCCCUUCAAAUCUGGGGCUUCGCACAUGGGCCGCAUGGUUCACCGGGACAUCAAGCCAGCGAACAUAUUCCUCGCUGCAGACGGGUACUGCAAACUCGUGGACUCUGCUUCGUUUCGUCUUCUCGACAAGACAACCAUCAACUCCACCAUCUUUGGGACGCUGGGCUACUGUUCGCCAGAGGUCCUCAAGAUGGAACAGUAUAGCGACAAAAGUGACAUCUGGGCCCUUGGAGCAACCAUCUACGCAAUGUGCAUGCAGCGGCCGCUGUGCAAGGAAACCGACCCGGAGAAGCAGCGUGAAGCCAUCUCGUCUAUAGAGUCCAUCGACAUCACAUCAGCGGGAUAUAGUACUCAGCUUAACACAAUACUGAAUUUCAUGCUGGCGUCCAAUCCUGCCAAGCGUUUUUCCGCCAGUGAUCUCUACAGCUUUCCUGCACUCCGCGACUAUUAUGCUCCUGCUUCUGAAGGUUGGGGGCUAGACUUCAGCUAG